UGUAUGGAAGACAUGAUUUUUACUGCGUUGGAGGGAGGGGUACACUUGUUGUUGUACCACUGAAAGUUGGGGGUGAAAGUGGCGCUAUCGGGGUGCAAAGACGUCGGAUCUCCCAUUCAAAAUAGGUAUUCGAAGAAAUCACCGAAACCAAGAAGAAGUGGAUGCUCUAGAAGGGAAGCAAAGUCCUCCUCCAGAAACGGUUUGCUGGAAUGGGUAAUCUUCUAAAAGUCCUUACAAGGGAAAUAGAGAACUAUCCACAUUUUUUCCUGGACUUUGAAAAAACCAAAUGGGGAAUCUGUUAAAAGUGCUCACUUGCACUGAACUUGAGCAAGGACCAAACUUUUUCCUUGACUUUGAAAAUGCACAGCCCACAGACUGUGAGAGAGAUGUAUGGAACCAGGUGAACGCGGUGCUCCAGGACUCUGAGAGCAUCCUCUCUGGCCUACAGGCCUACAAGGGAGCCGGACAGGAGAUACGAGAGGCCAUUCAGAACCCCAAUGACAUGAUCCUACAGGAGAGAGCCUGGAACUCAGUCUGUCCCUUAGUCAUACGACUCAAAAAGUUGUACGGCUUCUCGCUGAGACUAGAGAGGGCCCUUCAGAGCCUGCUGGAGUCCCUGACAUGCCCGCCGUACACCCCCACCCAGCAUCUAGAGAAGGAGCAGGCUCUGGCCAAACAGUUUGCUGAGAUCCUUCACUUUACCCUGCGCUUUGACGAACUCAAGAUGAGAAUUCCUGCCAUUCAGAAUGACUUCAGUUAUUACAGGAGGACCAUCAGCCGAAACAGGAUAAACAACAUGAAUUUGGAUAUAGAGAGAGAGGUCAACAAUGAGAUGGCCAACAGAAUGUCACUGUUCUAUGCCGAGGCGACGCCCAUGCUGAAAACCUUAAGCACAGCUACGACAAACUUCGUAACAGAGAACAAGACAUUACCCCUGGAGAACACCACUGACGUUCUCAGUACAAUGGCCAGUGUCUGUAAAGUCAUGCUGGAGACACCAGACUACACGUGCCGGUUCAACAGUGAGGACACGCUGCUGUUCUGUAUGAGAGUGAUGGUUGGAGUCAUCAUCCUGUACGACCACGUCCAUCCCAACGGAGCCUUCAACAAGUCCUCCAAGAUAGACAUGAAGGGAUGCAUAAAGGUCCUGAAAGAACAGCCAGCAGAUAAUGUUGAAGGUCUCCUGAACGCCCUCAAGUUCACCACCAAACACCUGCACGACGAGUCCACUCCAAAAAACAUCCGCUCCAUGCUUCAGUAACGCUUUUAUAUGAAGAGGAUCAAUGUACUGACCUCAACGAAAGAUGUAUAUGUUUACAUAAUUUAAAAGACUGGAUGUUAAUACUUGUGUAUUUACAUAGUCAUUCCCUGCAAGUUACUGAAACGUAUAGAACGUAUACCCUUUUCUUCGAGAAAUGAAUUGCCUUUUACUGUUAUUAUGUUAACAUACCUUUCAGCCUUACAAACUGAGCUUGGCAAGUAGCGUUUGGAGAAACAAGCACUCUGGUUGGUUCCUGUGACUGAGCCAAGCACUCUGGUUGGUUCCUGUGACUGAGCCAAGCACUCUGGUUGGUUCCUGUGACUGAGCCAAGCACUCUGGUUGGUUCCUGUGAGUGAGAGGGCGAAUGAAAGGAGCUUCAUCUGUGGUUUGUGUCAACAAAAGAUGAAUUCCAAAUCAACUCCUAGCCUGGGGUGUAUUAAUUAGUCGGAUUCCGUUUGCAAAGGAAACCGUUUACUGCAGCAACUAAACGGAAACAAACCGAGCAGACGGCUCCAAACUUGGAGGGACCUACCUGCAUGUGUCCAAUAGAAACUCUUACUUCUGUUGCAAAACGUUUUCCAAUUGAAAUGAACGUUUUCCGUUGCAAAACUUUUGCAAAGGAAUCCGACAUAAUGAAUACACCCCAUGUUCCAGAUCUGUUUGUCCUGUCUCCUGUGGAUGGCAAGGUGAAGAUUGUUCAACCCUACUCAAUCCUCUCCUAUCUACAAGAGUGCCUAGGAAGUAGAGGCUAGCUAGGGGCUGGUUUGGAAUUUAGCAGGGGAUGUGUUGAGGGGAAGAAGUGAUGGCUUUCAUAUAACGUGUUCUCAGUAAGUUGGUGGACUUUGUGCCUUGUUGGCAAGAAAAUGACAAAGGCAGUACGUGCCAUAAGAAAUAAACAGAUCAACCAAAUGUUUAUUUUUUUACCUGUAUGACAGGAGGAUUGGGACACAGUGUGAUUUUAGGGGUUUUUCUUGUCUGUAUUUGGGACUCUGUAUCUAACAGAAAUCUAUUGUUCAAAAAAGCAGCUUUAAAUCAAAACUGUCAGGUUAUAUUUAAGUGACACGGAGCGACAAAAACAAUUCCUUCCACUGCUUUUGUGAUCUCUACUCCUGUAGUAGGAUGGCAGUGAUGAUGAUGAACCUUCUAGUCAUUCUCCUUUAUACUGUAAGACCAGUCAGACUGUUGUCCCAUUCUCUACCCCUGUAGACCACCACAGUAUGAGUCAUAAUACCCAUAAAACCUAGCGGUCAAAUAAGGAAAUGGUUCCAAUUGUUUUUCUACCAUUAUUUUCCUAUAGGGGAUUUUAGAAACACUUAAAAUAGGACUGUCAUUCAUAUAGGCUAACCCUGGUGUGAGGUUUAGAUAAAUGUUAAAUUUCUCUAGGACAAAGUUACUUUUAUCAAUAUAUUCGCCUCUAUUUAAUCCCCCCAAAUGAAAUGCUAAUUAGUUGCUAUCAUAAAGAACUACAAAUGCCAUGAUGAGCUGGACUAAACUGCCAAAUUGAGGCAACGGUAGUUAAUUUAGAGAUUCUUAUCUGUUAGCUAAAUGUAUUUAAUAAAUAAAUUGGCUCCAUUUCUUUAAAUUGACAAUUCUGUGAACUGUCUUUUGAAUGUUUUAAAUUGACCGGUGGUGUACAGAUACUUUAAAGUACUACUUAAGUAGUUUUGGGGGUAUCUGUACUUUACUGUUUAUAUUUUUGACAAUUUUUUAUUUGACUUCACUGCAUUUCUAAAGAAAAUAAUGUACUUUUUACUCCAUACAUUUUCCCUGACACCCAAAAGUACUCAUUACAUUUUGAAUGCUUAACAGGGUAGGAAAUUUGUCCAAUUCACACACUUAUCAAGAAAACAUCCCUGGUCAUCCCUGCUGCCUCUGAUCUGGCGAACUCACUAAACACUAAUAGUUCGUUUGGAAAUUAUGUCUAAGUUUGGAGUGUGCCCCUGGCUGUCCGUUAAAAAAAUAUAUAUAAUAUUUUUCCGUCUGGUUUACUUAAUAUAAGGAAUUUGAAAUUAUUUGUACUCUUACUUUGAUACUUAAGUAUAUUUAAAACCAAAUACUUUUAGACUUUUCCUUACUUAUUUUACUGGGUGACUCACCUUUUAAUUUUCUAUUAAGGUUUCUUUACUUUUACUCAAGUAUGACUAUUGGGUACUUUUUCCACCACUGAAAUUGACACAAUACCUCAAAGGUGUCAGCGAGAGAUGACGUGCAGGAGUUUGUAGGGAUUUGUAGUCUUGUAUGAUGUCUAUUUUGAUGCUAAUUAGCAUUUUAUAAUCUGAGAGUAAAUAGAGCUGAAUAUAUUGAUAAAAGUCACCUUGUCCAAGAAUGAUUUUCACGGUUAUCAAAAUGCCACACCAGAGUAAAGCCUAGACGAAAGACAGCUCUUAUUUUAACUGUUUCUAAUAUCCCCUAUGAGGAAAAUGAAUGGUGGGAAAACGAUUGGAACCAUUUCCUUGUUUGGCCUCUUGGUUAUAUGGAUGUUAUGACACCUACGCUGUGGGACUCUAUACCUGGCGUGUACACUCGUUCCCUCCCCCAUUGUUUUGGUGUAUUGAGUACAGGGAGUUCUCACACCUGUCCAUUCCAUGAAGAGGUGUGAACCAUUACACACUUUGAGAAGUAGGGUUGGGAAUUGGACUGCGGUGAAAAAUAAAUCCCUGAAAAUGUAUAAUUUCAGUAUACAAAGUACCAUUCUGAAGAAUAAAGCCAUGUCUCUUUUAUUUUUUUUAUUUUUUCAACUUUCAUCCAAAAUACAAAGAUAUUUGUGUCACCUGAUUUUGUUUGGAUUGACUCUGAUUAAAUCUGGAGUCAUGAUUCGACGUUAGAUGAAAUAUAUGUCAGACUGUUAAACCUGUGUAACUUCUGUUUUCUUUUGAGCUGUUCUUUGUGUAGACCAUUGUUUAAUGCUAAUGAACGUUGACCAAAGGGGCAUUAUAGGAGUAUUCUCUAAACUCAUUCAGCUUGUAUACAAUGGCGUAUGUAUAUUUGACAUGGUUCAGUGGUCAAUUGAAUUAAUAUAAUUAUUAACUGGAGAACAAUAUUGGAAAGUUGUGUACAAAACGGCAGGAUUGUGAGUUGCGUCUCUAAUGAAAAUACAUUGUGUUCUAUGAAUUGGAGAAACCGUUGUUUGGUGAUCUGACUUAACAUAUAGGUCAGACAAUCGCAUGUUAGGAUUAAUGACUUGUAGAAAUCCUGUGGUGUGCUGCGGUCUCGCUCCGGUCUGUCCAGACGAACGUGGAAUUUAAGAUGGACUAGCUUUUUGGGUUACCGUACCACCGACUGCUCUGUCCGGACGACCACUAAAGUACCCCCUCGUGCAUUUAGCAGUAAGCCUAUGGUGUAAUGGGUCUUCUCAAGUACCCCCAUGGGUCCUAGUACCCCUGGUUGGGAACCACUAGACCAAUAGGCCAUUGUCAUGUUGAGCAGCAUCCAAACAAUUAUUCUGCUCCUGCCAAUUCCAUUUCUGCGUUAACAUAGGGAGCCCAAUUCUGAUCUUUUGCCCAAGUAUUAUCAAAGGAUCUGAUCUGAUUGAUCAAAGAUUCAAUUAGUGAAAAAAAGAUCAGAAUAAGUCUGCCUGUCUGAACGCAGCCAAUGAGUGACAGGGAGUUGGCAUGAUGUGACAAACAGACUGGCACUAAAGACUGACUACUAAAUACUAGCUAAGCUUCUGCAAAUGUAUCCUGGUCACAUUUUUCCUUAUCAGAGAAAGACAAACCUAGGACCAUUUUUAAAAUGGGAUUUUCACUAGACUAAAGUAGCUUGUACCUUUAUUUGUCGCUAAGUCAGCAAUAUAGACACCAACCUCAGAUAAUUAUGAAUUAAAUAUAUUUAAUUAGACAGUAAAUAGGAUUUACAGUGCUAAUGUGAAAUGAGACAAAUGGCUAUAGAUUUUGAAAUCCAUGCCAAAUCAAAAUACCUAGCUAUAUAUUACCGUAUCUAUUUUGAUACUUCAUACACACUCUCCAUCUAUGUACUCAUCGUAAUAUAAAAUACCAGUAACUCUCCAUCUGUGUACUCAUCGUAAUAUAAAAUACUAGUAACUAACAUUUGUUGAACGACCAUCAAAUGUCCACAGUGGAUUUUAACAUUCAUGUUAAUUGUUUAUUUCCUAUAGUUUCUGGUAAUACAUAAUACAUUGACAAUUUAGACAUAUAUUUUUUGUGUGAAGGACAAUUUGUAUAUGCAAUGAAUGAAUACUGUACAUGGACAAGACAUUCAGCUAAAUGUACAGUAUGAUAUUGAUACAAAUACUGAGGUUUAAUUCCAAAACCAAUUUCUGUCAAACCUCUUGUCAGUAUUGAACUCCAAAAUGCCUUUUUCAGCCCAAUAUAUGCUAUUCUGAUUAUGGUGUGUUGAAUGAAGCUGUAUUGAAUAUAAAGAAGGGGGGGGAAGUUAACUGACAACUGUUUCAUAGUUUGGAACGCUGGUUCAAUGUUUCUAAAUGGCUUUAGCUUUAUAUUGCAUAUUGAAUGGGUGUGUGAACUGAAAAUAAAACUGUUACAUUUCGUG